AUGUCCUGGGGAUUGGGUUGGAAGCGUCCAUCGGAAGUAUUUCAUCUGAUAUUGAGUUACGGUUCCGACGCCGACAAUCUUGAUGACGUCACUCCGACGUCAUCCCGAUCGUCAUCAGCCGCCUCCCCAUUCUCCGCCUCCUCUCCUACCUCGUCGUUGCAGGAUGUCGGGGACAUUGGCCAUCAGGAGCAACUAGGGUUUAGGGUUGACCUUGAAUGGAACGCCGGCGACGAUGAGGAUCAAGUUGCUUUGAAGCUUCAGUCACAGGUAAUGGUCGCCUUGCCUUCACCUCAAGAUACUGUUCAAAUCGAAUUGAGGGAGAGGGGCAAAACUGGUGAGUGCAAUUCGAAAAGUGGGGUUGAUGAUGGGGCUCAUUUGGUAAAUGGGGAUGACGGCGGUGAGAGUGAUUUGGGGAAUUCGCAAGGGGAUGGGGUGGAAGUGGAAAUGAGUGUGGUGAAGAGGAGGGAGCCGUUGAAGGGGAUGAUAAUGUGGAGGGCAGGUGGUUCGGGCCAGCAGAAUGAUGGCGGGAUGGGUGUGUUGGUUAAGCUUAUGAGGUCCAAUUUCGCCAACACAGCAACAGAUGGAGUGGCCAUAGGGUCUUGCUGCGCUGAACAUUGGAGGAAUGUCAAUGUGGUCAGCCUCUGCGGUCUUGGAUUGGCAGCGUUGCCGGUGGAGAUAACCCAACUUCCUCUUCUUGAGAAACUAUACCUUGAUAAUAACAGGCUAUCAGUUUUGCCGCCUGAGCUUGGUGAUCUGAAAAACUUGAAAGUCCUUGCUGUAGAUUAUAACAUGCUUAUUUCUGUGCCUGUUGAAUUAAGACAGUGUGUUGGUCUUGUUGAAUUGUCCCUGGAACACAACAAGCUAGUUCGCCCUCUUCUUGAUUUCAGGGCUAUGGCAGAAUUGCGUGUUUUAAGGCUUUUUGGCAAUCCCCUUGAAUUUCUUCCUGAAAUUUUGCCGUUGCGUCAACUUCGCCACUUGUCUCUUGCAAACAUUAGGAUUGUGGCAGAUGACAAUUUAAGAUCAGUAACUGUACAUAUAGAGAUGGAGAACAGUUCUUACUUUGUUGCAUCUCGACAUAAACUGAGUGCCUUCUUCUCUCUCAUAUUCCGCUUUUCUUCUUGUCAUCACCCUUUGCUGGCUUCUGCCUUGGCCAAGAUAAUGCAAGAUGAGGGAAACCGUGUAGUCGUGGGAAAAGAUGAGAAUGCUGUGCGGCAGCUCAUUAGUAUGAUAAGUAGUGAAAAUCAGCAUGUGGUUGAGCAAGCUUGCAAUGCUCUCUCAGCUCUUGCAUCAGAUAUCCACGUGGCGAUGCAAUUGAUUAAAUCUGACAUCAUGCAACCUAUUGAAAGGGUGUUGAAAUCUACCCGAGCUGAAGAGGUGACCUCAGUCUUGCAAGUUGUGGUCAAGUUGGCUUUUACAUCUGAUGUUGUAGCUCAGAAAAUGUUGACAAAGGAUGUAUUGAAGUCAUUGAAAUUACUAUGUGCCCACAAAAAUUCAGAGGUACAAAGAUUGGCUUUAUUUUCUCUUGGAAACUUAGCUUUCUGCUUAGAAAACCGCCGCACCCUAGUUACUUCAGAAAGUGUUCGGGAACUUCUUCUGCGGCUGACAGUUGCAUCUGAGUCCCGCGUGAGUAAAGCUGCAGCUCGUGUUCUGGCAAUAUUAGGAGAAAAUGAGAUUCUGAGGCGUGCUAUUAGAGGCAGGCAGGUACCCAAGCAAGGAUUGCGCAUACUCACAAUGGAUGGUGGUGGCAUGAAGGGUCUUGCAACUGUAAAGAUUCUAAAAGAAAUCGAGAAGGGUACUGGAAAGCAGAUACACGAGCUCUUUGACCUUAUUUGUGGAACAUCUACAGGCGGAAUGCUUGCUGUUGCUCUUGGAAUCAAACUGAUGUCCUUGGAAAAAUGUGAAGAAGUAUAUAAAAAACUAGGUAAACUUGUCUUUGCUGAACCUGUACCAAAGGACAAUGAAGCAGCAAGUUGGAGAGAAAAGUUGGAUCAGCUCUAUAAAAGCUCAUCACAGAGUUUUCGUGUUGUUGUGCAUGGAUCUAAACACAGUGCAGAUCAGUUUGAAAGACUGCUGAAGGAAAUGUGUGCUGACGAGGAUGGAGAUCUCCUCAUAGAAUCAGCAGUUAAAAGGAUUCCUAAAGUUUUCGUUGUCUCAACUCUGGUCAGUGUUAUGCCAGCUCAGCCAUUUAUUUUCCGAAAUUACCAGUACCCUGCUGGAACACCAGAGGUUUAUUCUGCUGGUUCAGAAAACUUGGCAAGUGGUGGGCAAGGAGCAGCAACUACUGGAGCUCCAUUUGGAUAUAAACGUAAUGCUUUCAUGGGAAGUUGUAAGCAUCACAUAUGGCAAGCUAUAAGAGCAUCAUCUGCAGCACCAUACUAUCUAGAUGAUUACUCUGAUGGUGUAUAUCGCUGGCAAGAUGGGGCUAUUGUAGCCAAUAAUCCUACUAUUUUUGCCAUACGAGAAGCACAACUAUUGUGGCCUGAUGCUAAAAUUGAUUGUUUAGUUUCCAUUGGUUGCGGGUCCACUCCAACCAAGGUUCGCAAGGGUGGCUGGCGCUAUUUGGACACUGGACAAGUUUUGAUUGAGAGUGCAUGCUCUGUUGACCGUGUGGAGGAAGCUCUGAGCGCAUUGAUCCCUAUGCUGCCUAGUGUACACUAUUUUCGAUUCAAUCCAGUUGAUGAACGCUGUGAUAUGGAACUGGAUGAAACUGAUCCAGCAGUUUGGCUAAAGCUAGAGGAUGCUGCAGAUGAGUACCUUAAAAACAAUUCUGCUGCUUUCAAAACUCUAUGUGAAAGAUUGCUUGAGAGUCUGCAUGAUGAUAAAUUUGUGGAGACGGUGCAGUCUCAGCAGCUACUCAAGGCAAAGGGCAUUGAAGGCUUAUCAAAUCAGAAUAACCUCUCUUUAGGCUGGAGGCGUUGUGUGCUUCUUGUGGAGGCCUCCAACAGUCCAGAUUCUGGAAGAGUUUUCCACCAUGCUCGUUCACUUGAGACAUUUUGUGCUAGUAAUGGGAUAAAAUUAUCUCUUACUAGUGGCUCGUCUGGGUCCAUUAAGACAGCUCCAGGAUCUGCAUUUCCUACGCCAUUCACAUCACCUCUGUUUACUGGAAGCUUCCCAUCGAGUCCUCUCCUUUAUAGUCCUGAUCUUGGCCCUCAUAGGGUUGAUAGAAUCGAUUUAGUCCCACCUUUAAGCUUGGAUGGAUUCCAUGUUGCAAAAACAACAGUGUCACCCACUGGGUCACCUCCCAAACGCAGGCAGCUUUCCCUUCCUGUCCUAUCGUUGCAUGAGAAAAUUCAGAAUUCACCACAGCUUGGAGUAAUUCAUUUGGCCUUGCAAAAUGACACAUGUGGCUCCGUAUUAAGUUGGCAGAAUGAUGUAUUUGUGGUUGCUGAACCUGGAGAACUAGCUGACAAGUUUCUGCAGAGUGUUAAAUCCAGCUUGCUUCUAAUGAUGAAGGGCCGGCGCAGGAAGUAUGCAUCAGCCAUAACCAACAUCUCAACUGUAGCUGAUCUUGUUUCAUGCAGACCUUACUUCCAAAUUGGUGGUGUUGUCCACAGAUAUAUAGGACGUCAGACUCAGGUCAUGGAAGAUGAUCGAGAAAUUGGUGCUUAUAUGUUUCGCAGAACUGUUCCUUCAAUGCACUUGAUCCCGGAAGAUGUCCGCCAUAUGAUCGGAGCUUGGAAGGACAGAAUUAUAAUCUCCACGGGGAUAUAUGGGCCUAUCAGAGCUUUAAUUAAAGCAUUUCUAGAUUCCGGUGCUAAAGCUGUUAUAUGCCCUUCUUCUGAGCCUGAAGAGACACAGUUGACAUCAAUAUAUGGUUCAGGUGAGUUUGGUACAUUUGAGAAUGGGAAAUUUGAGAUUGGGGAGGAGGAAGCAGAAGACGAAGAGACAGACCCUGCCAGUCCAACGAGUGAUUGGGAAGAUAGUGAACCCGAGAAAAAUGGAGAACGUUCCAUGCCCUUUUGGGACGAUGAUGAGAAAGAAUUAUCACAGUUUGUGUGUGCCUUGUACGAUUCACUGUUUCAGGGUAGUGGAAGAGUGGAUGUUGCUUUUCAAAAUGCUCUCGCAUCACAUCGGAGGUUGAGAUAUUCAUGCCAUCUUCCAAGCACGCCAUAA